GGUUUUUCCUUCUUGGCUUCAUGUCCUGAUGUAGUAAUAUAGCUUGAAAUAAUCAGUAGUGUAUGUUGAUAUGGAGCAUGUUAACUUUUGUAUAUGGUUGAAGUUGAUUGUUCUAUUAACUUGCAUUCAGAGAAUGCUCGAGUUAUGGUGCUUGGUGCAACUAAUUGUCCGGCGGAGCUCGACGAGGCGAUACUUAGGCGUUUUUCCCAGGUUUUUGAAAUUGGAAAGCCUGACUUUGAUGAUCGAGAAAAGAUAUUGAGGGUGAUAUUGAAGAAUGAAAAUGUUGAAGACACUAUUGACUUGUAUCACAUAGCUAGACUGUGUGAAGGUUACACUGGUUCUGAUUUGCUUGAGCUCUGCAAACAAGCAGCAUAUGUUCCUCUCAGGGAUUUCUUAAAUGAAGAAAAGGCUAACAAGACACGUCCAAGACCAAGAUUAUUGUCACAAUAGGAUUUUGAGAAAGUUUUGGCUACUUACGUUAAAACAAGCAUCGGUGUCGAUGAGCACAAUGGGUAUAACUCUUGUUCAUCAACAUGAGUUGUCGAAUGGUAUCGGAUCAGGUCGCGAUGGAGCACAUCAAAUCAUGAUGUUCUUGAAUACUAACUUUUAGUUGGAGCACAUGAAUUGGCAAUAGCCUCUCCAUGCUGUUUGAGUUAUUCUAUAUCGGUGGUCGUGUUACUGGUGAAUAUAGAUUUCAGAAAUGUACAACGGUAGGCUUAUAAACUCGAGCUUGACUUAGAAAAAUUUUUCUGAAUUAUUUGUGGAGUGUGGAAAGAUUGUUCCCUGUAGCCAUAUUUGUUAUUUUACAGAAAAGAAUACAAACAGUAAAAUCUCAACUCUUGUUUGAAAGGAACAUCUUGU